AUGUUACGCUCUUUAAAUUUAUUUUCACGUAACUGUCGUUUUCUACACAACAGCAAUUUUACAAUCAACAUGUCAUCAUCGUCGAAUAAUCAACAAGCUAAACCACCAGCAAUGAAUUUAUCUGAUGCAGAAUGGAAAAAGAAGUUAACUAAUAAACAAUAUCGUAUAUUAAGACAAAAAGAUACAGAAUAUCCGGGUACUGGUGAAUAUGAUAAACAUUUUGAAACUGGAAUCUACAAAUGUGCUGGCUGUGGACAAGAAUUAUAUGAUUCUUCAUCAAAAUUUGAUUCACGUUGUGGUUGGCCAGCAUUCAGUUCUUCAAUUGAUACAGCAGUUCGACGACACGUAGAUGCAGAUGGUUACCGAGAGGAAAUCUCAUGUGCGACUUGCAACGGUCAUUUAGGUCAUGUCUUCGCUGGUGAAGGACUACGCGAUGCUAAUGGUAAAAUAGUUCGAGAACGUCAUUGUGUCAAUUCGGCAUCACUUCAAUUUCAAAGGGGAAAAUAA